AGAGGUUACUGUUAGGAGUGACGACGAAGAAGUUGAAUCUAUCGAGAGGCAAAAUCAAAAUCCAAGCUUUUUUAGGGUUUGACGGAUCUGCGAUUAUCACUGCUCCGGAUAGUUGAAAUGACGAGAAAAAAAGCCACCGUCGUCUUGCCGCAACCGAUUCGUCGUUCAGCGAGGCUAAUCUCUAUGCAGAAUCGAGGUAGUCAAGUGAAACCCAAUAAAGAUCUGGGCUUUUUCUCUGAGCCGCCGAAGAAAACUCGCCGGGAAGUUCUUCGAGAACUAUCCAAGAGAUUAGUGUACUCACUGGAUAGUCCAAUUGGAAAUUCGAGUUCGAAAAAAUAUCCGGGGUUGAAGAUUUCGACUGAUGGGCUUCCUUCUCUGACACGGUCUCUUAGGCUUUCAAGUAAGGAAUGUUCCGGUGACCAAAAAGAGAAGUCUGCAUUGACCUCAUCUUCUUCUCGCACGAAAUCGUCGACCACUACUGUUUCGUCUUCUUGUGGUCUGAGACGGUCUCCUAGGUUUUUAAGUGGAGGAGGAGGAGGAUCUGUGAAUCAAUCUUCUUCUUCUUCCACUCGGAGGAAAUCAAGUAAUAGUGUUUUGAGUAGAUGUAGUACGAAAUCUGUUUCGUCUGAGAAAGGUAAAGGUGGAGAUGGUGUCAAAUCUAAGGAUAGAAGUAGAAGCCGUCUUCGUCCUCAGACUAAGCAGUUGUUUAAAGGUUGUGAUGAUAAUGAAGAAGAAGAAGAAGAAGAAGAAGAAGUUAGUGUCUGUCUUCUUAGUCAGAGGAAAAGGAUGAGAAUUAAAAAGCCAAAUGAGAACGAAAAUGCUGUGCCAAAAGCUGAUGAAGUGAAGAGAACGGCUACGCAGAAAGAAAAAGGAUUGACGACAAAGAAAAAGCAUGAGACAGGGAAAGGUGUUUUGAGUAGAUGUAGUACGAAAUCUGUUUCAUCUGAGAAAGGGAAAGGUGGAGAUGGUGUCAAAUCUAAGGCUAGAAGGAGAACUCGUCUUCGUUCUCAGACUAAGCAGUUGUUUAAAGGUUGUGAUGAUAGUGAAGAAGAAGAAGAAGUUAGUGUCUGUCUUAGUCAGAGGAAAAGGAAGAGAAUUGCAAAGCCGAAUGAGGACGAAAAUGCUGUGCCAAAAGCUGAUGAAGUGAAUAGGAUGGGUAAGCAGGAAGAAGAAGGAUCGAAGACAAAGAAGAAGCAUGAGACAGGUGGAUGGACAGAGGAGCUGGAGUUAGCUUUACAGGGAGCUUAUUUGACAGUGAAGCCGAGUCCACAUUUCUGGAAAAAAGUUGCUAAGAUGGUACCUGGAAAAUCUGCUCAGGAAUGUUUUGAUAGAGUGAACUCAGCUUUGAUCACUCCUCGUCAACAUCAGCCUCGAAGAUCCAGGAAAGCAAACUUAUCCACGAUUCCGCAGUUUUCACUCUCUGCAAGCAAACUACUGAAACCCAAUUCACCAAAGACUAAGGUACGACAGCGCAGAAACAAUCUCUCAAAGAAGACGGUCAGGCAUCUAUUGGAGAAGCAAAAUCAUAUGGAUCAAGGUCUUGGAUUUGAUCUCUUCUCAGUUCUUGAGCCUAGCAUCUCAGGGAACUUUCUCUCAACUCCAAUAGAGAAAAGGCAAAGUCUUUCGAAAAUCCGUGAAAGUCCAGUGCUUUGUUCAAGUAAAGACCAAACAGCUCUCGUCAGCCCUCCAGUACUGAAACAGGUUAAAAACAAGGCAUUGCAUGAGAGGUACAUUGAUCAUCUGCAUACCAGGGAAGCUAAAAGAAAAGCAGAGUCUACUCGAUUUGCCGGGAAAGAGAACAUAAGACCUGUUGAAAUUCAGAAGAAGGAUUCGGUUAGAGCAGCUAAAGAUGCCCUUUUGUUUGAUGUUCAAGAGGCAAUCCAGAAGCUCAAGGGUCUGGAAGCUGAGAACUCAUCUAGUUCUUCAGAGUUUUGCUAUGACCAUGGUGAAACUGACGAAGAAGAUUAAUCAGUCUAGUUUCUAAGUUUCUAACCAGAUAUGUUUGAUUGUACUAGGGCACAGAGCGUAGAGAUUAAUUAGAGUAACGUAUUACUGUGAAUCUUUGUUUUGUAACCAUGAGAGUGAAAUUACUUGUUUUGUGUGAGUUUAGUUUAGUCAGAUGUUGUAUAAACAAUAAAGUCGAUUCUCUUUUCUAUAUGACGAUCAAAUUUUGGUUC